AUGCCUACUCUCUUGUGCCGCUUGGUGCAGCUGGUGCUCGCCGCGUCUGUCUGCUUGGCAAUUCCAGCUCCGCCAGCCUGUGUUCGUCGUCCCCGAGUCCAGUGCCAGCAUCUCAUUAUAAAUCUUGAAGCCAGUGCUGCCAACAGGAUAAUCAUACUAAACUUGACUGCGCUCAAUGCGGCAGAGUUGAUCCCCAAGGAACUGACCACCGUUGUGAAUGCCGCUUCUAUCAAUAUAACCGGCCAGUACCAGAUCGCAGCAAACUACUGCGCGCCUCUGAUCGAUGUUCCCGAGCGUCGUCAGACCCUCCAGAUUUUAGUGCACGGCGUGACAUACACAAAAACCUAUUGGGCUGGCCCGGCCACACAAGAUAUUGGACCUGGUUCCACCAACCAGUCCUGGAUGCACUAUGCCGCAAAGCAAGGUUAUCCUGUCCUCGCGGUAGACAGACUGUGCAAUGGAGGGUCAUCUCAUCCCUCCGGCAUCGCCGAGUGUCAGCUGCCUCUCGAAGCUGCCGUCGUCGAGAAAAUCAUACAAGCUGCCCGUGAUGGCGCGCUCCCUGGCGUUGCCACCAAAUUCGACAAGAUCAUCUAUGUCGGCCAUUCGUACGGGUCCAUGAUCGGAAACUAUAUUGUACAGUCCAAUCCAGCUGCCGUUGAUCAGCUGCAUCUGACCGGCUUCAGCGAGAGGCUCGUGUCCGGAACGCCUGGCAUUAUCCUGCGUCCAGGGUGGCAGCCUGCGUCUCUGUUGGAUCCCGCGCGUUUUUUCGGUCUCGAUCUCGGCUACAUCAUCGCGACGGAUGAAAAAGGCUCCGAGAGCAUGUACUUCACCGACGACAUAGACCCGGCCGUGCUGGACUAUGACUGGAAAACGCGAGGGUCGACGACGAUUGGCGAGCUGAUGACGUCGGUCCUUGGUCAGGUCUCGGCUCCGGAGUUCAAAGGCGACGUCUUCGUCGUCAAUGGCGACGAGGACGCUCUUUUUUGCGCGUACGAUCCCGCAGCUGCAGCGGCGGCCAUUUUUGGCUCCUGCGAGGCCAGCCAGGCCAGCAAAGAAGUCGUCCUUUCCUUUCCGGUGGCUCGACGCUUUGGAUAUUUCAACCUGCCCAACACUGGUCACUCUCUCGGUCUCCAUAGAGGCGCGUCUCGCGCCAUUGCUGCAUCACAUCAAUUCAUGGCAGCAGCAGGCUUCUAA